CCCUAGGAGCCAGUCGCCACGUGCGUUCCCGCCCGGACGAGUUCUGAGUUAGUUGGGCGGCACGCCGCCGUCGUCCGCACGUAUCUGCACCAUAUAUGAACCAUCUCAGAAGUUCUCAAGUGUUCAAGUGACAAUAAGAUGUAACGUAAUUAUGUUGUACCGUGAUAUAUAGGAUUGUCAAUACGAAAUAUGUUCUGUGUGUUCUCUUUGUAGUGGCGAACGUAGAUCAGAUCAACAGGACACAAUCAUGGAAACGGACAAAAUGUCCACUGCGUCGUCUGUGGGCGCUGAGCGGCGGCCGCUGCUGCAGGCCCUGGUAAUUGAGAGGCGUAUACUCUUCGGAUGCACAAUCCUGGUGGGAUUGUGCACUUUUGUGUGGAUAUCUGCUGUGUGCACUGAGAAGUGGGUUCAUAUUACGAGUACCAAUGGGUUAUACAUACCUUCGAGAGGUGAAUACUUUAUGUGGAGUGAUUCCGGAGUUUGGCAGAUUUGUCGAUAUGUAUUUCGUCCUAAUUUAAACCCUGAAAAAGCCAAUGUGACCACUACUCCCAGACCAAUGGAUCUCGGCAUAACGGGACUGGUGGGGGAAUAUUAUACAAAUUGUACGAAUUAUUUAGCGCAGCCAGCAAUGAAAAAUGGCAAGCCUGCGGAUCCCGCGUAUGAUAUUGAUGUCGCAAAUUACGUAAGGACAAUGAUAUCAUUCGGAAUUAUAAGCUUGUUUGUCAUGGCGAUGGGGUGCGGCUUCUCUAUGUAUACCUUUCGCAACCCCAGGUAUAUGUUCAAGCGACUUGCUGCAGGCAUACACUUCAUUAGCACUUCAUGCACAUUUGUUGUGGUGCAAGUAACAAUGUCAUCUGUGGACCACAUGAAGAAAAAUGUCAAAUAUAUUUAUCCAGAACGUGCCUACCAUUACUUCCACGUCAGUUACUUUUUAGCGUGGUUCGUCGUGCUUGUAAACUUCUUCGCUGCGGCCUCUUUCCUGUGGUACUCCCGCAAAAGGAAAGGCGACAAGGCGGCCACCGACGAGCUUGCUAUGGCGGACGAACCGACCAUCAUAGGUCGAUGACCUUUCAGGCUUCCACACAGGCGACCAGCCAGGUCCAAAGGACACUUCCACGAGUCUCCACUGAACAGUGCUCAAAUGACCAAAGCUAAAACAAUAUUCGAAAGUCUUCCAAAUACGCUAGAUGUUAAAACAUUCAAGAGCCUAACGCUCUCAACGGAACUUACCUUUAAUUUUUUCAAUUUUAGAUUUCUUUGUUAAUCUUAUAAGCGUUCAAUCGCCAUUCGCUUGCAUGUGGUUUUAUUAUGUUGAUAUUGUGGUUAUGACUUAUAGGAUUAACGAAGUAUAUUAGCUUUAUGUCUAUUUAUUUAAGUAAAUAUGAUUAGUAUUUAAGUAAGACUAGGACUGUGCGUCCAAUCUUUUAUUUCAUUUCCAACGUAUUUGCUCAUGCUAUUUGUAUUGCAACACUCAUUUAUAAUCUUAUCUAUUACAUAUAUUUCAGAUUUUAUGGAGCCCUAAAUGAAAAUCUAAAAGAAUAUAUUGAAACUCUUCAUUUUAACUAAGGAUAAAAUAAAUUCAAAGAGUUAUUCUUCAUAUCGAUAGAAACAUAUUAUUAUUAAGGCGAAAUAAUACUGCCUUUUUGAAAUUGCUAAUUGUGCUGUACAAUUGUAAUAUACGAUACGAGUACAAACAGUUUAAUUUUAGAGUGUAUUUAAUAAACUAAUUUUAAUGCUAAUCCAUAAAAAUCGUAUGUAAAAAUCUUGUUUGGGUGAGUGACAACAAAAUUAUAAAAAAGUGAAAAGGUAAAAUAACAUUAAAAUAUUUUGACAUAAAAGACCAAUUUCUUGUUUUCUUUAACGACGGUAAUUAUCUAAUACUACAAUAAUUUCUAUUAUUAAAUUUUGACCAUAACUUACUUAGGUUAUCAUCUAAAUGUGUGAAUCCAAAAAUAUAUUGAAUUUUGAAGGAUACGUAUAAAAUUUGAAACAACCAUGCAAAACAGAAUAGAAAUUGGUUCAAAUAAUCUUACUUUCAUUUAGAAGGAUUUUAUCUACGGAGCAGUCACAUAUAUCUACACACUAACCUAAGCAAUUGUUCAUAAAAUCUAUAACAAAUACCCUUUUCUGUAAAGUGCUACUUUCGCUUGUGUAAUAAGUAACCUUGAUGUGAAGGCCACUGCAGGGAAUGUGUAUCUUAGCCCUUGUAUGUCCAACGUCACAAGAUUGUACCGUCGACGGGGAAUUUCUAUUUUAAAGUGAAAUCAAACUCUCAGUCUAUGAAAUGCUAAAACUUUUCUCUUAUAUAAAAAUACCAUCGCGGAUUCACACUCAAUUAGAUCUCUUGUUAUCGUACUUAUUUGUUCUAGUCAACUAGUAAUACUCCUAUAAACUUAUGCACUGAAACUUUAUUUGCUGUGCCUUGAACUUACUUUUUUGCCAAAUUUAAUGUUAAGAUAUUUACGUAAGAUUGUAACUGUUAUCUUUAAUCAAUCUAUUUACAUUUACUAUUAUAUAUUCAACAUUUUAUUGUUAUAUAAAAGACCACUGUUUAUAUAAAUAUUCAAAUUACGCCUUAAAUUAAUUUUAGUAGCAGAUUAGGAAGGUUUCUUUUUAUGCAUUCUUAUGGAUAUUGUAAGUAUGGGGAUUCAGACGAUAAAUUAUUUUCACUAGGAUAGUAUAGUUUUU